AUGGGGUUCAUGGAAUUCUACCUGGAGAUUGACCCUGUGACCUUGAACCUCAUCAUCCUGGUGGCCAGCUACGUCAUCCUGCUCCUGGUGUUCCUGAUCUCCUGCAUCCUGUACGACUGCCGGGGUAAAGACCCCACCAAGGAGUACGCGCCCGACAGCGCGCCGCCGCCGCCCAGCCAGUCGCCCAUCCGGCUGGUGGUCAUGCAGAACUCCCCGGCCUCGGCCCGCUAUGAGCCCGGCCACACGGGCCACGGAGAGCUGCCCACGCCGGACCUUAGCCGGGACCGAGGAGAGAGGGAGAGGGAGAGGGAGAGGGAGAGGGAGAGGGAGAGGGAGAAGAGGAGUACUCUGGUCUGA